AUGGCGAACCGGUCUUCCUUAAGACACUGCACGAGCAAACCACGAGUCUUUAUCGUGUCUGACAUUUCUAACGAGCCCGAUGAUGCCGAGUCACUCGUUAGAUUUCUGCUCUAUGGCAAUGAAUUUGACAUACAGGGUCUUGUAGCCUGCACGUCAUGCUGGAUGAAGACCAAUGUUCAUCCCGAGGACAUGCACAAGAUUAUCGACGCUUACGCCGAAGUGGUGGGCAAUCUCAACAACCAUGUCCAUCCGGAGAACCAAUUUCCUACCGCCAGCUAUCUACACUCUAUUGUGAAGCCAGGCCCCGCAGUGUACGGGAAGCAGGCCCUGCAGCCAAACUUCCAUCUCAGCGAAGGCUCCCAGCUGCUCGUUGACCGCGUCGACGCCUCAGAUGAUGCCCUGUGGGUCCUUUGCUGGGGCGGGACCAACGUACUCGCCCAGGCACUUCAGUACGUUCAAAAAGGGCGAUCGAAAGACGAAGCCACAAAGUUCUGCUCCAAACUUCGCAUAUAUGCGAUUAGUGACCAGGAUGAUACCAGUCAUUGGAUCAGGAUCACCUUCCCAAACAUUUUUUACAUCUGCUCGCUACAUGCCUGGAAGGAAUACCCAAUGGCAGCCUGGACUGGAAUUUCAGGAGACCUACUUGCCCCCCUGGAUGAUGGCGCACCUGAUAAGACCAAAAUCACUAAGGAGUGGCUCAAGAAGCACAUUCAAAUCGGCCCUUAUGGUAGUGUCUACCCUGACUACUCUUUCAUCAUGGAGGGUGACACGCCUACCUUCCUAUACCUCAUCCAGAACGGCCUCGGAUCCCCCGAACACCCACACUGGGGUAGUUGGGGAGGCCGUUACGGGCUGGUCGAUUUAGGAGGCUCGAGCAAGCAUUAUGCCGAUGUAAAGGAUGAGGUGGUUGGGGUGAAUGGCAUGAAGGCUUUCUCAAGCCAGGCAACGGUCUGGCGCUGGAGGGACGCGUAUCAGGAUGACUUUGCCGCCCGCAUGCAGUGGACAUUAAGUGCCGACCGAUUGAAGGCAAACCACGCCCCAGUUAUUAUCGUCAAUGACAGCACGGCUGGGCCGGAGCAUCUGUACAUCGAAAUCGAAGCUGGCUCCCACAUUACCUUGGACGCUAGGGAAAGUUAUGACCCCGAUGGAGACGAGUUAUCAUUCCAGUGGUUUCAGUACAAAGAGCCAACCAGGACACAAAGCGACGUUCAUUGGCACUUUGUUCCAGAUGUCGAGGUUGAGCUUGCCGAUGGAAUUGAGCCAAGUGGAGCCAUGGUUCGAGUUCAGAUACCACCAGCGGAGUUAUGUGCCGUGAAUAUUCUCACUGGAGAACCACUUGAGAAGGGCCAGAUCUUCCACUUGAUUCUUGAGGUUAAAGACAGUGGAAUUCCAAGCAUGAGAACGUAUAAGCGCAUCGUUAUGCAGAUUACAAAUAUAAAGGGGUUGGGGGCCUUAGGAAAAGCGUAUGAGACAGUAACAGAAGCUAUUGAGAACAAGGAAAGAUAA